AUGCGUGGUUCGUCCAUUGUAUUGCUCAACGAAAUCAACAGUAGUAUAAAACGUGACGAUGCCCAGGAGACGGCACAGUCCAUUGGAUUUUUCAGUAUAAUCACUAGUGAGCAGUCACACAACCCAAGCAAAAUGAUCGCCAAAUUCAUUGUUGUUUUUGCCCUCGCCAUCGCCACCGCCAACGCAGGCGUGGUUGCUCCCGCCGCUCUGGUAGCCCCAGCUGUCGCUCCCGCGGCGUACGUGGCUCCCUACGCCAGCUCAUACUCAGCACACGCCGUGAAUCACGCCGUGGCUGCCCCCGUAGUAACAGCUCCCUACGUAGCAGCUGCACCAUACGUCGCCGCCCCUGCCGCUCCCCUCGUCGCCCCCUCAGCACCCUACUUCGCCAGAUACUUAUCCGCCCCAUACAUCCUAUAAACGAAUUUGGUGAUAUCAUUGCCUAGUGACUUGCUCAGAUUAUAUGCUUCCUAGUUAAUUGUAUUAUGUAUUUUUUUGAUAUAUGAAUUUAUACAUA